AUGCGUGCCUUUUCCGAUCAUCCAAUCGGUGAACUUCCCGAAUUAGUUCCCGACUUCUCGCAAUGCAACAAGGCCGAUCUCGAUGCGUACCGCCGAAUCUUCAUUGAUAGCGACCCGCACAAUCUUGAGUAUACGUUCAAGCUGCUCAUGAAUAUUGUGAAGCGGCCUUGUCUUGGUCAUCUCGUGGAGCGAAUUGAGUAUAUACACAUACCUACCAAUUAUGAGGAUUGGCCCAAUCCACCAUACCAGCGCGACUUGGCCACAGAUGAUUUGGAUCUGCUGAGACGAGCAGUGAGAAAUGCAGGUUUCAAGGACCGCAAAGAGCAUCGCAUCAUGAGCAUGCUCAUGCAAAAUAAUUUGGAACAAGACUUUCGCCAAACUCCCACUAGCUGCUUUGGUUUCUCAGACUUUGGCAUAGCCCGCACGUUUGUCACCCAAGCGAUAGCUGCUAUGAUCGUUUCUCUGUCACCAAAUCUUGAAAGCAUGGCUAUGACACAGAUUUUUGACCACCACCUCAGUCUUGAAGAAGGCAAAGCGGAUGCCAUAGACUAUCCUCUUGUGCAAGUCUUUCAAUUUGCAAAUUCUCGGUCAAAGGGAACAACACACUUCCUCCAGAAGCUGCGAGAUGUGUAUCUCAUCAAUUUCUCAGAAGAUAACGACGACCGGUUUUACGUAAGAUUCGACCUGAUGGCCGCUCUUGGGCUCUUCAACAAACUCCCAUCAAUCGAGUCAUUCGGUAUAGAUGUGUUCGAACCCGACGACAACAGCGGGUUCCAGCAGUGUGAGUUCAAAAGCUCAAACAUCAGCAUCAUCAGAAUCAACCAUUCUCUCCUCAGCUCUGAUUAUCUGCUGUGCGUUAUGGCCGCGAGCAAGGUAAUCACUGAGAUCCAAUUCACCGCAGGAGGAAGGACAACCCUCGAUGGGGGCUACUUGUUCAACCCGAAAGCUUUUCUCAAGGGGCUAGCCGAACACAAGAAGACGCUCAAGGUCCUCGACAUCAACACGGACGAAUAUCUCUCCCACUUCCCCGGGGGCCCGGGGGACUUUGAGGUCGACAUGUGGGAGGAAGAUGAGCUUGAUGAGAACAACUCUGAGCUUAUCAUGCAUAAUUACUUCACAUCGAUAUGGGACCGCCACGUAUCUUUGAAAGAUUUAGUGGCACUGGAACAUUUGAGCAUCGGGAUUGGAUUUUUGAUCUAUCUCGCCCAGGGUGUGGAAGUGGACGAUGCGACAAGAGCAAGUGUGAUGCUCGUGGACUGUCUACCAGACAGCCUGGAGUAUCUUUCUAUCCAAGGAUACCAACCGGGCGAGAAUCGAUUGUGGGAUACUCAGAUAAAAGCAUUAAUGGCCCGGUUCGAGUCAGGUUCCUUACGACUGAAGGAGAUCAAUGGGGUCAAUGAAUGUAUUCCGAUUGGGAAUCAUAUUGAGAACCCGGAUGAAGAUUCGCAUUUGCUAUGGUCACUGGAAAAGCGUGGAUUUCCUGAAUCAUGGGGAUUAUAA